AUGAAAGCGUUAACAUUGAUUUGCUUAGCUCUUUUUGGCUUGGUUCAACUUUCAUGGCAGCAAGGAUUUGGUUUGCAUGUGGGAGCUGGCGCCCAAUUGUAUGCCGGUGCUGGUGGUGGUUGCAAUUGUCCACCGGGUCCACCAGGACCACCUGGUCCGAAUGGUUUACCUGGACCCGAUGGUGAUCCUGGCGAGAAAGGCCCAACUGGUGAUCCAGGUGAUAUUGGUCCUGUAGGUCGUCCCGGAGAACGUGGCCAUGAUGGACGUCCAGGGCCAAGGGGGCCCAUCGGUGAAACAGGUAGACGUGGUCCUCGCGGCUUUACUGGUGCCAUUGGUGCAAUGGGUCCUCGUGGUCCACCGGGGCCACCUGGACCUCGUGGUUUGCCAGGCGCAGCUGCUGCCGCAGCUCGUUCAAGUCUUUAUCCUUUGGAAGAUUUUGAAUAUGAUUUGGAAGAUGAUGAAUUUUAUGAAUAAAGGAAUUUGAA